ACGUCGUACGAAGCAAUGGCAUUAUACGAAAAUACAUCUGUUGAAUACAAUUCUGAAGAUUUUAAUGAACUCAUAAUUCAUUACAUUAGAAGCCGCCCACAAUUAUGGGACUUAAAAAAUAAACAAUAUAAAGACAACGUGGUAAAAAAAAAAUUAUGGUGUGAACUGGCUCAAGAACUUAAUGUUAGUGAGGAUUUAGUGAGAAAUCGAUGGAGGAAUAUUCGAGAUCGGUACAUGAAGGAGAAAAAGAAAUUACAAACAAAAAGUGGACAAGCAGCUGUUCAGUAUUCUGUAUGGUCACUUAUGCCAAGUUUAAGUUUUUUGUCAGAUACAGUGGAACCUCGCAAAACUGUGACAAAUUACGAAAAUUUCGGCAUUGAACAUCCUGUAUCUAUUGAUGCGUUGUCACCAGCAUCAUCGGAAACAUUUGUAGAUAUACAUAGUGCAUAUGAUACAUAAGAACAAGAACACAAUAUGGGGGAUACCAAUAUAAGACAGACAAAUCAAACAGAAUUUUGUUCACCACAUCAGUUCAGGUCAUUGCCUCGUCCUAACAGUGCCUCGUCUCGUUCUAAUAGCAUCUCGCCUUAUCCAAGCAGUGCCUCGCCUCGUCCUAACAGUGUCUCGCCUCGUCCUACUGAUGCCUUUCCUAAUUCUACAGGAGCUCCAUUUAUUCGUACUUCGAACAUUUCACGUCCUGAGAGCAUUUCACCUCGUCCCUCGAGUGCACCAUAUCUUCGAGAUAGCGUCUCGCCCUGUUCUCAGAGAUCUGAUACAGUGGGCAGCUAUUCUCAACAAAAUUACGCGCAACAUGCAAAACGAGCAAAAAAGCAAUUGCCUGAAACGCGUACAGAUGCGGUCGAUCAGGCAAUUUUAAACUUGGUGGAAAAACGAAAUUCAACCGACACCAUGAAUUCAGACGAUCUCUUUUAUUUGUCUAUAUCACGAGAUUCACAGCAACUAAACGUAAAUGCGAAAUUACGUUUAAAGGCACUAGUAUUACAAGCGCUUUCUCAAAUUGUAACAGAGGAACAAAAUAAAA